GUCAUUGGAUAGAGAAAUUCUUGUCCAGAAGAAUUCGUAUUCACUUGUUGCAGUAAACAACUUCUUGUUGAAUGAACAAACGAGUAUCUCUAUUUUUAUCCUCCGUUCGAUAUUCUACACUAGUUUCCAAUUUUCGUUCAAAUAAGGAAUCCAAUGCAAACUCUCAAGUUAUGGAGCAACUUCUUGGAAACCUCAGGGUCAAAGUAGAGGAAAUAGCCAAAGGUGGUGGUGAAAAGGCAAUAAAGAGACAUGAAGAACGAGGCAAAUGGUUUGUACGCAAUCGUAUUCAAAAACUAUUGGAUCCUACGUCUCCCUUUUUGGAACUUUCACAGUUGGCAGCUUUUCAAGUCUAUGAUAGCCCAGUUCCUGCAGCAGGAUUGGUAACUGGAGUGGGUCUUGUACAUGGUAGAAAAGUUAUGGUUAUUGCGAAUGAUGCAACUACAAAAGGUGGAACGUUCUUUCCUUUAACGGUAAGCAUUGAUCGAAGUCCUUUAUCGAUAUUCAUUGAAGAUAUUGUUAUGAAGGUGAAGAAAUACUUGAGAGCCCAAAAUAUUGCAGAACAAUGUAAACUUCCUUGUGUUUAUUUAGUGGAUAGCGGUGGUGCUUAUCUGCCAUUGCAAGCAGAAGUAUUUCCUGAUAAGGAUCAUUUCGGAAGAAUAUUUUAUAAUCAAGCUAGAAUGAGUGCACAAGGUAUUCCACAAAUAGCAGUAGUAAUGGGAAGUUGUACUGCUGGUGGCGCAUAUGUGCCUGCCAUGGCCGAUGAAACUGUGAUUGUGAAGAAUCAAGGAACCAUUUUUCUGGGAGGUCCUCCUCUUGUAAAGGCAGCGACUGGAGAGGUUGUGACUGCAGAAGAACUAGGAGGAGCUGAUCUUCAUUGCAAAAAGAGCGGAGUUGCUGAUCAUUAUGCAUAUAAUGACUUGCAUGCGUUGUCUUUAACCAGAAAGAUUUUAUAUUCUUGUUUUGCCAAGGAGUCCACAAGAAUAGGCUCCUCAUCAUAUCCAUUGCAAACUUUUGAAGAACCUCUCUAUCCAACAUCACAGUUGUUAGAUAUCGUUCCUGCAGAUUUGAAGACACAAUAUGAUGUGAAAGAGGUUAUUGCUAGAAUAGUCGAUGCCAGUCAUUUCACAGAAUUCAAACAAUAUUAUGGAACGAGCAUCGUUACAGGAUUCGCCGGUAUAUAUGGAUAUCCAGUAGGAAUUCUUGCCAAUCAAGGAGUGUUGUUUCGUGAAAGUGCUUUGAAAGCUGCUCAUUUUAUUGAAUUAUGUGAUUACAGAGGCAUACCUCUUCUCUUUUUGCAGAAUAUUACUGGUUUUAUGGUGGGUAAAAGCUAUGAAGAAGGAGGAAUUGCAAAAGAUGGAGCGAAAAUGGUGAAUGCAGUUGCCAACGCUAAAGUGCCUAAGAUAACUAUUCUAAUGGGUGGAAGUUUUGGUGCUGGUAAUUAUGGAAUGUGUGGUAGAGCUUAUGAGCCCAAUUUUCUAUUCAGUUGGCCCAAUUCUCGUAUUUCUGUCAUGGGAGGUGAACAAGCAGCAUCGGUAUUAACUCAGAUUCAAAAAGAAGCGAUGGAGAAAUCAGGUAAAACCUGGAACCCAGAUGAGGAAAAAGCAUUUCGUAACUCUCUUGUUGAAAAAUAUGAACGAGAAGGUUCUCCUUAUUAUGCAUCUGCAAGAAUAUGGGAUGAUGGCGUCAUUGCCCCUCAAGACACACGAAAGGUGUUGGGCCUCACCUUGUCGGUAGUAACAAAUGGCCAUAAGAUGGCACAACAACAACCGUCGUCGUUUUCAUAUGGUAUAUUCCGAAUGUAAUGAAACUUCAUUAAAGUUUAUCAAAAUUGAAAGUGAAUCUUCGUAUCAUUUAAAAUAUCUCUUUUUGAAUAUAUUCAUGACGAUUGUC